GUUGUUGCCGGAAGUGGUUGCAGCAUGGAGCUUGAAGAGUUCGAGCGUAAUAAUUCCCAGAGUCGCCUAUUGAGCUCUCCGGUACCGCAGAUAUGUCGGACUGAGGACUGCUGCCUUGGGAUAGAUGAGGCCGGGCGGGGACCCGUGUUGGGUCCUAUGGUUUAUGGAAUCUGCUACUGUCCUGUGGCCCGAAAGAAGGACCUUCAAGAUUCAAAGGUGGCAGACUCCAAGACACUGAGUGAAGCUGAUAGGGAACGACUGUUUGAGAAAUUAAAUGGUUCUUCAGAUUACAUCGGCUGGGCCUUGCAUAUACUGUCACCAAAUAUCAUUUCCACCAGCAUGCAGCAGAGGGCAAAAUACAACCUGAAUGCUUUAUCCCAUGACACCGCUAUUGGCCUAAUUCAGUUUGCCCUGGACGCAGGAGUGCAGCUGACAGAGGUUUUUGUGGACACUGUGGGCCCUGCAGAGAAGUACCAAGAAAAGCUGAAGAAGAUAUUCCCAGAGCUGGAUGUUACUGUAAGGCCUAAGGCUGAUUCUUUGUUCCCUGUAGUCAGUGCAGCGAGUAUCUGUGCAAAGGUGGCAAGGGACCGGGUGGUGAAGGACUGGAAAUUUGUAGAAGAUCUAGGCGAACUUGAUGCAGAUUAUGGCUCUGGAUACCCAAAUGACCCCAAGACCAAAGAGUGGCUCUCUCGGCAUCUGGAUCCUGUCUUUGGAUACCCGCAGUUUGUAAGGUUCAGCUGGAGCACGGCUCAGACUAUCUUGGAUAACAAAGCUACCCCGGUUGCAUGGGGUGAUGAGGAUGACGACUCUGCGGGUGGCAAAUCCUCGACACCCUCCGUCCUGUCUUUCUUCUCCGCACCAAAGGACGUCUCUCAGCCCCAGAGCCACAGAUUCUUCCAGGAACGGCACCUUCAGCCUCUGCUGGAGUUUUAGGAGCACUGGAAUUAAGGACCAUAUACAUGUCUGACUUUCUGGUUGGUUUCAUGUAAGACACGACAUUGCAGAAGCUGAUAAUUUGGAACUCCUAGGAUGAUUGUAAGAGUUCUAGUUGAACUGCAGAUUGGAUGUCCCUACUCUGAGGUUCCGUUGUGGCUGGUUUGGUAAUUGGGUGCUUCCUGUGUCUGCUUUGUUUUUCAGUGUUCUGUAUAUGAAACCAUAGAGCUGCACUAGGGGUUGUCUCUAAUGCAGGUCUAUUGGCAAUGUCAUGGAACUGCUAGAAGAAGGCUGUGUGUUAGCCAAUGUGCUUUGGUAAUUAAAGGGAUUCUGUCAUGAUUUUU